CUACAGAGAGCACUCAUCUUCACUUAUUCACACUCCCAGUAUGGAGACCUUAAGCAAGAUAACUGCUCCUGCUAGUGAGAAACUUAGGCAGCUCCAAAAAAUAGUCCAGGACAUCAAAAAGAAUGACGACAGUAUUUUCAACCGAUUGAAAAGGUUUCAGAAUGAACAGACAGCUAAUAUUCUCAAAACUGGCAGAAAUACAUUGGAUCGAAUAAAAAACAAAGGACCUCCAAAAGUACCUGCAAGAGACUAUCCUGGGGAUGACCAAGCAGAGUGGUCUGGGUCAGAGUUUGAUAGCGAUGUGUAUGAAGAUCCGCAGGGUGAACAUGAUGACAACUACGAGCCUCCACCAUGUGAAGAAGUCUUCACGCCUGCCCCUGCUACCCGUUACCAUGCAGGAGAAUAUCUUGACUCACGUCCUGGUCGAAUGACUCAAACAAAACCAACAACGGCCAUAUGGCCAAUCAAACCAUCGAUUCCUGAGAAGCCCAGUCCAGACCGGCCAAUGAAAAAUGAAGAAGACUAUGUUCAUCCAGAGGAAAUCAUGGAUGACGAUAACUAUAUUGACCCUUCUGAGAAAGAUCACGCAGACAACCGUGAAAACCAACACUUUCCAAGGCGAUCAGACAGUCCAGAUGUCUAUGAGGUUCCUGAUAACGACGAUUCUCCAGGCAUUAGUAGGUGCAGUACAAAGAUGCAACUCCCACCUCUAAGACUGCCCCCUACACCUAGUCCCAGAAUGAAUACCAGGAAACCAAUUUCCUGCUUAGAGCCGGAGGAAGAGGAAGACUAUGAAGUUUGUAAUGAUGAGGGUGUAACUAAAAGGCCAGAGAAGACUGUAAAAGACAGCAAGCCUAGACCACUACCAAGGGAACUGAAUCAUCCAAAACCCCCAUUUUUUCAGAAAGCAAGUAUUCCAGCAAAAGCCAAUGAAGCUGCACCAAAAAGUGUAGCUCGAGAUUCAGCAAACCAUGGGGCCGGCCAACCCACCAAAGUAUUCUAUCGCAUGAAGAUGCCUAUGCCUUGUGAUAGCCCCAGCCAGAAGUUCACAGCAGCAGAGAGAGGAAGCCUGUCUCAGGAGGACAUUGAAGCUAGAGAGCAAGAGCAGAAGGCUGGCGUAUUUAAUAAGCCCUGGUAUACCAGCACUUGUCACCGCAAGACAGCAGAGGACAUCCUGAUCCGAUCAGCCAAGGACGGGUCUUACCUGGUGAGGAAGAGCUCGGGACUGGAUGCCCUGCAGCCAUACACCUUGGUGGUUUUCUACAAUAGCAGAGUGUACAACAUCCCAGUACGCUACAUUCCUGACACAAAGCAGUAUGCCCUGGGCAAACAGAAAAGCAGAGAGGAGCGAUUUAAUAGUGUUUCUGAAAUUAUUGAGAAUCACCAAAGGAACACUCUUGUGUUGGUGGACACGCAAAGUCACACCAAGGACUCUACCAAACUGAGACAUGCACUGACACCAUGAGAACUCAAUGGAGUGGCACAACAGUUCACACAUCCUGGAACCACUAUACUGAUGACUGUGUUAAAAGAAUCAUCAUUUUUAAUGUCAUGUUAGUUUCUUAUCUGCUUUUCCAACAUUUAUCCAGACAUAAGACAAUAGAGACCAUGGGAAUAAUUUGAUAUGGAAUUGUCCAUAAUGUAAAACUGCAGACUAUUUGGAAAAGACAUUGUAAAUAUGUAAUGUGUUCAUUUUGUUUUACCUUAACAUUUUCUGACAAAACCUAUUUUUGUAAUGACAUUUAAGAUGUUGUACUUAAAUAUACAGCUAUGUCGGAAUA